CCAGGGGCGGACUAACCAUUUGGAAACUCGGGCACUGUCCGAGGGCCCGGGGUCAGUAGGGGGCCCCAUGAGAUGCCCCUGGUACCUUUUUCAUAGGCUUUUUUGAGUUUGGGCAAGGACAAAGGGGCCCCAUGAUCCCCUAUUGCCCGGGCGCCCCAUGCGUUGUCAUGUCUCCUCAUCAAUGCUCACCAGUGCCGCCUCAUCAGUGCCACCUCAUCAAUGCAACCUAUAAGUGCCCAUCAGUGCUGCCUAUCAGU